GGUCAUGUUGGCUAAACAGUAAAGUCUCCUAACCCUACCCCUUACCCCAAAAGUUCUAUAUAAUCCCCCCAAACCCCUCCCACAUUCCUCACUCAUCUGCCUCCUCGCAUUUCCUCUCCCCUGUUUUUUCCAAACCUCAUUCGUUUCCAAUCCAAAUGAAAAUGGCUUUUCCAUCUGGUUUUUUCAUGGUGGGUAUUCUUGCAAUGUUGGUGGCCUCUGCACAUGCUUACGGGGGAGGAGGGUGGGUUAACGCUCGCGCCACUUUCUACGGCGGCGGUGACGCUUCUGGCACAAUGGGCGGAGCUUGUGGGUACGGCAACCUCUACAGCCAGGGGUACGGAACCAACACGGCGGCCCUGAGCACUGCUCUGUUCAACAAUGGGCUGGGGUGCGGAUCUUGCUACGAGAUUAGGUGUGUGAACGACCCCAAGUGGUGCCUGCCGGGCUCCAUUGUGGUCACCGCCACCAAUUUCUGUCCACCAAACAACGCCCUCCCCAACAAUGCCGGCGGCUGGUGCAACCCUCCCCAGCACCACUUCGACCUCUCUCAGCCUGUCUUCCAGCACAUUGCCCAAUACAAAGCCGGAGUUGUGCCUGUGUCCUACAGAAGGGUACCCUGCAGUAGAAGGGGAGGCAUCAGAUACACAAUCAACGGUCACUCCUACUUCAACCUGGUCCUCAUCACAAAUGUUGGUGGAGCCGGUGAUGUGCACUCUGUUUCCAUCAAGGGGUCCAGAACCGGCUGGCAAGCAAUGUCCAGAAACUGGGGGCAAAACUGGCAAUCCAACAGCUACCUCAACGGCCAAGCCCUCUCUUUCAAGGUCACAACCAGUGACGGCCGUACUGUUGUGUCCUACAAUGCUGCCCCAGCUGGGUGGUCCUUUGGGCAGACCUACAGUGGUGCCCAAUUCCGCUAGGUCACCCCCACCCAACCAUCUAAUUUACCCUCUUAUCCUUACCCAUUUCCUAGGUCAUUAAAUAUAUAUACUGAGUAUUAAAUCUUAAUUAAGAUUAGUAUGACUCUUAAGUAUACUAAGAUAUUAGUUAGUAUUCUGAGUCGUUGAGUCAAGGUCGUUGGCCUCUGCGGUCAAAAGUGAGUAGGGCUUAUUUUAAAAGGGCUCUCUCCCAUCAAAUUUUAAUUUUUAAGUUAAUAUGUGUCUUAGGUGUAGGGUACCCUACCAUCUUUGGGAACCCUAACUCCUUCUUGGGUAUUGUAUUGUUUUUACUUCUGCGGUAAUUGUAAAAGCGGAAGUUGGCGGAGGUUGUGGACUUGACCACCCGCCAUUCGCAUCCUGGGCUUGCUUUGGAGGGGCAUUGUUGUAAAUCAACCGAGGCUGAUCAGCAAUUCAGUAUUGUCCUUGGUUGUUAUAUUUGAAUAUUGAAGACCAAAUGUAAAUUUUCCAUUUUCUACUAAGUAAUGGAUUUGCUAAUUUAUUA